GGUCAUUACCUGUUCAGUGGCAGCCCUAGCUUGCACCAGCGCUCGCGCAUCUCGAGUCCGUCAGUUGUUUGACAGUCGCGGCGCGGAGCGGUCAUACAGUCCGCGAGAAGUGUGUGCUCUGUUUAUAUUCGAGGAUAUUUUAUUUAUCAAUCAUGAUUUCGGAUGCCGAUCUCCAUGAGCCUAAACAGGGCGGCGACAUCACGUUUAUGGAUAUGAUCGACGAGGCCGAGGCCCGCGGCGAGUCCCAAAUACAGAAGUUCCUGUCUGGAUCCACGAUACUUCUGACGGGGGGAACUGGGUUCUUGGGGAAACUGCUGGUGGAGAAGUUACUAAGAACAUGUCCAGACAUAAAGAAGAUCUAUCUUCUAGCGCGACCAAAGAAGAACAAAGAAAUACAGAAAAGACUACAGGAACAGUUUGAAGACCCGCUAUACGAACGGCUACGCAAGCAGGUCCCCGACUUCAUGGCAAAGAUCGGAGUGGUCGAAGGGGAUGUGGGGAAAGUGGGUCUUGGGAUCAGCGAGAGUGACCGACAGACCGUUGUUGACGAGGUUGACGUAAUCUUCCACGGCGCAGCCACACUUCGCUUCAAUGAGCCUCUUCGAGACGCAGUCUUCAUAAACGUCAGAGGCACACGAGAAAUGAUGCUUCUAGCACGGGCCUGUACCAAGCUGAAGGCGAUGGUCCACAUCUCCACAGCAUACAGCAACUGCACACUGAGCGAGAUAGACGAGGUGUUCUACGAGAGCCCCAUCCCUGGAGACAAGCUCAUCGAUCUAGCAGAGAGCCUGGAUGAGAAGACUAUUAACAGCAUCACACCUGGACUGAUAGGAGACUUCCCAAACACAUAUGCGUACACCAAAGGCGUGGCAGAGGACGUCCUGCAGAAGUAUUCCCAGGGUCUACCCGUGGCGGUCGUCAGACCUUCGAUUGUGAUUGGAACAGCGAAGGAUCCGGUAUCGGGGUGGAUAGACAACGUGUACGGACCUACAGGGGUAAUAGUAGGCGCAGAACUAGGCCUCCUUCACGUCCUACACGCCGCGCCAAACGCUUCCGCGUCGCUCGUGCCGGGCGACGCGGUCGCCGCCGCGUGUGUGGCCGCAGCCUGGAGCGUGUCGCGCGCCGAGAACCAUCAGGCGCCGGCCAGGGACGCACCGCCACUGUACCAUUGUGUGUGUUCGGAGAAAGCCCCUAUUACUUGGAGUAAAUUCAUGUCCCUGGCCGAGACCCACGGCCUGAGCGUGCCCCCCAUGCAAGCCAUGUGGUACUACAUGCUGACCCUGACCAACUCCAAGACCAUGUACACCUUCCUCGCGCUGCUGAUGCACUGGAUCCCGGCUUACAUCAUCGACGGAGUGUGCAUCCUCCUCGGGAAGAAGCCACAAUUAAGAAAAGCCUACACAAAAAUCGAGCAAUUCGCGGCCGUAAUAGAGUUCUUCGCGCUCCGCGAAUGGCGCUUCCACAACAACAACAUGACACGCCUAUACAACGAGCUCUGUGACGCCGACAAGCACAUCUACGACUUCGACACCAGCGCCAUCGACUGGAACGAGUUCUUAGCCAACUACAUGAAGGGCAUUAGGGUUUAUCUCUUAAAAGACCCAGUUACUACUAUACCGGAGAGUCUUAAGAGGCAUAAAAGGCUCAAAUGGCUUCAUUAUGCGUUGCUGACGGUACUAAGUUUGUUAGUUUUGAGGUUAUUAUGGUUUUUUGUGUCAUUUUUGUUUUGAACUAGUCUGUGUGGAUAGUUAAGUGGGAUUAAUGGUAUUGAAAGGGUGCAUAAAAAUGUGUAUUUGUGGCAUUUUCAACCAAAAGGAUACUUGUCGGUUGAUAAUAAGGCGCUAUUUCCAUGUAGCUUCAAUUUGAAAUCAACUUUAUCGACAAACGACAAUCACCAUUUGGUUAAAAAAGUCACAUUUGGUUACAUUUAUUAUAUGUCGUAAUGCUUUGAAAAGAGUAUGUUUUCAACGUAGUAACGACAUAAUAUUACCAUACCUAAACCAAAACAAUAAUUGAUUAGCAGUAUGAGGGACAAGACGGUUUCAAAGCAGUGACUACAUAUUAUUUAGUAUGUUUAGUAUGUUGUUUUGUAUAGUUAUACAUUGUGUCGCUUAACUUAUCUAUAUAGUAAAUCCAUUCGACACUCUCAGCAAAUAUCUACCCUAUUACCUUUUCUUAAUACCAAAAUCGCAUAAUCUGACUGAUGGAUUUAUCCAAGUUUGAAGUUAAGCGACUCAAUUAGAACAGCUAUAAAUCUGUUAGUUAAUUCCGGCUUAAAGUACAAAUGAUAUAACACAUUAGUUAGGAACCAGAUCCUAGCAGAUACCUUUUAAAAGCUGGUUGAUAAUAUUUUAGGUAAAUCAAAGUAAAUAAUCUAUACCUACGAAAUAUUAUAUGUCAAGUUUCCCCCUAAAUAUAACCCUUUACCAGACUAAGGGAUAUAUUUUCCCACAUACGGCACUUCAAAUAUGUGUUCUAUUUUCGAUCAGUAAGACUGACAUUCGAUUGUCAUUUUUGAACUGUCAGCCUGGUAAAGGGUUAAGGUACAUAAUUCUGUUAUAAUCAUUUAAAUCUCGCAUGCUUGGAAGCCGAUGAAUGUAAAUAAUUACAAUAUUAUAUUUCGUAGUUCAAACUACGCUACUUAUUUUCUUACGAGUAUUAGAUCGUUUUAAACGAACUAAAUGUGUUUAUUGUAUAAUUUAUCAUGAAUGCCUUAUUAAACUGUAUUUUUACUAAAGUGCCAUUAUAUGGAACUUGCUAACUAUGUAAACAAACCGCCAUAUUGAAAUUGUCUCUGAAUGAUGAAUAUACUAGUGAGUUUUGUUUACAUAAUUAGCAAGUUCCAUAGAAUGGCACUUUACAUCUUUGUAUUUUUUUUUAUGAGGUUUUGCAAAUAAACUAGUUAUAUUAAAAGACUCUAAAAGAGUAGAAUCUAAUUAUUAAACAUAUGGAUGUGUAAUGGAUAUUUUAAUUUUAUUUACUUUGGUUACUGUGCUUAAAUAAUAUGCGUGAUUAAACUACUAUAAAACGACAGUUUGCAGGAAUUAAAGUAAUAAGUAAGUACAAUGAUAGUUAUGAUAAAAUGGUAUUUGCUCACAUUGUAAUAUUAAGGUGAUUUUUGUAAAUUGUGUGAUUACUUAACUAUAUUUUAAGUGUUGUUGUAUUAAUAAAGAUGUAAUAAAUUAUACAAAAUGUAAUAAAUAUUUGAUAAAGA